UGUCGUCGACAACAGUCCGCUAGUUCUUCCGUUAUUAUUGUUCUCCCGUUUUCCGUUUUAAUCGAUAGUUCAAUAUAAGCAUCACAGCUGCUGAGCUGGGCUAACAGUGGAUUAUUUCCAGUUAAUUAAUUCCCUGACCAAGGAGUAAUCCGCUAUCUGAAAGAUGGACAUCACUGCAUUAGCAAACGAUACGGAGUACAUUACUUCAUUGGAAAACGAUAAAGAGUCGAUAACUUCAUUGGAAAACGAUACCCGUACAGACAGUUCUCCAUUUCCUACGAGUACGUCAUGCACUGCUGACUGGACAUUAAGAGCCGAAGUCGAAAGUGGCAUCCCUUGUCAAUACAACUGGCAGCAAAUAGAACAGGCGUAUCUGUUCUACAUUUUCGCAUAUUUACCUCUUUUGCUGGUUUGCACCAUCGGCAACGUACUCAGCCUGGUUAUCCUAAUGCGCAGCCUGCGCCAGUGGAAGACAUCUGUCCGAUGUUAUAUGUUGGGAACUGCCGUUGUCGAUCUCGGUGUUCUGUAUGUACAUCUUUGCCAAUGUUGUGCGGGUGUUGAUGUUAUACAGCUAUGCCCAUUAAGGCUAUUGUACUGAUUAGCAUACAGCUGAUUUUCGCGUAGUGAAAUUGUAGGGGCAUCAUCGCUGUUGUUAAAGUGUUAUACAACAACUAACGAUUGUAAAAUGUGGAGUAUUGAGCAUCAGUAACUUUAUCUUCUUGUCUGCGCAUAGUGAGAUGGUUAGGAUUGCCAUUCUGCGUAUGGAAUAUAGGGAUGUGGUACCACCUACCGUUUGCAACGAAAGCGGACGUAAACGCCAGCAUUAGCCUCCUGGAUGGGAGUACAGCAUGGUUUCAGCAAAUCUGCAUGCACUGCUCUGACUGGAUACUAGUGGCAUUUAGCUGGGAACGACUACUAAUAAUUAUUAGCCCCUUCCGAUUCCGACUGUUACAACGAGUGUCGACGGCCUGGAUUAUAAUAGCGAUCCUAUGUCUCGUAGCGCUACCGAUUGGUGUAUUCCAGUUUGUCUCUUCUUAUGAGUAUUUGUACUAUGUCCAUCGUGCAGACGAUAUUAGGCACCCUACGUCCAGCGCGCCAGUUUGGUUUAAUCGAUGGUUAAAGAUCGACGGAGAGGCUACGGUCAUUGUGCAAAUCGUGACCUUUAUCCUUAUCCUCAUGCCCAGCGUUUGCCUGAUCGUGUUUCUCGGUCGUCAGCACCAAUCAACCAUCAGUCAAAUGCGUCUCCAACAGUUACAGUCGGCGCGGUCGCGGCCCAGCUUAAACCGAAGUGAUUCUCGCUCCGAAACGGGCACUACCAUCAUCCUGCUUAGCAGUUCGGCAUUGUAUCUUGCCACCAGAUUUCCCACGGUCGUUCAGUCAUGCUUGUUGUACUUAGGCGAUGUACACUACGACUGGACAGUUGAACUUUUUGCUGGAGCUUUUGUCGACAUCGCCAUGUACGCUGGGUAUUCAUUUACAUUUUUCACUUACCUUGUCACCACAAAGAAUUUCCGCGAGCAUGCCUUUAAACUGUUUACUCCUCUGUUGUCCAAGAGCUGUUCGUGCUUAUACCAUCCUGGAUCGUGGUGGUUUUGUGUGUGCUUCCGAACGGGGAUGUCGCCGCCGCGUGAAUAGUGCAGCUGCGGAUAUUUCCGUGACAAAAAUGUCCAGCUUUCAUUAAUAAAUUCGAUUAAGAAAUCCAUACUGU